UUCUGGCCUCUGGGGUGGUGAGUCUAUUGUUCUGCGAACACCAUCAGCUUUUUGUUUUUUUGCAGUGUUCACUACAGUAUAUGUCACUUUAUCUUAGUUCAGUAGUUUGGUCAUUUGCCUAAAGAAGAUGUGGCCUUCUGCAUUUUAUUUUUUUUACAGGCAGAUUAUAUCAACUUCCAUAAGCUUAGCAGUUAGGCCAAAGUGAUCAAAUGAUCAUCAUAUAUGUUAUUUAAUGCCGUCCCAAUGGAAUAAAGAGAUUACUGUGGCAAACUGAGAUAUCAUGGCCUACCAAAGGAAGAUUUCAUCCAAGCUCUCCAGCACAGUCCCAUCCCAGAUGACACAGAUAAAAGGCUUAAACCCUUGGUGUGUUCCUGUGUGACGUGAGAAUGGGGCUGAAGUCCAGUGCUGAUAGGCCCUGUGUAGUCUGUAGAUAUGUGAGUCGUUGUGGACUCUGAGAUUCAAGUUGGCAGCCCGGAUUUCUCAUUCUCUUGUCACUCACGGUGAAUUGUUAGUUUACUAUCUGUUGCAGGUUACACAGAUACAAGGCAAGUCACGAUACACGUGAAGUGUGUGUGCUGCAAAAGGAUGAAGCAGUUGGGUGGCAGGAUGUUGGCUUUUCUGAGUCUGCUCAUUUCAACUGGAGCUCUAGCUGUGCAGCCUCAUGCUAAAAACAUCCAUCUGCUUUCUCCAGAAGAGCAAAAGUUCAUCCUAAAUCUUGGACAUAAAGAGAUCCCCAGGGACUGCCAUGACCUGUGGGAGAGUUCUGGAGCUCAGGCAAGGGAUGGCGUCUACUUGAUCAAACCUGCAGACACACUCAUUGUAGCCUAUUGCGCCAUGCAGGAAGGCGGCUGGACUGUCAUCCAGCACAUCACGGUCAACAGCAGCGUAGAUUUUGACCGUUCUUGGGAGGAGUACAAGUUAGGCUUUGGAAGCCUCACUGACAACCACUGGCUGGGCAACGACUACAUCCACCAACUUACCAGUGGACCCGGGCGCUAUAAGCUGGGCAUCAAGCUGGUGGAUAAAGACGCAAAGACCAAGACGGGCGAGUAUGAUCCAGUACUGGUAGAGGACGAGAAUGCCCAGUACCGCCUACGUCUAGGUCUAUAUCAGGGCACAGCUGUGGAUGCGCUCACCAUGGACCCAGAAAACUACCUCCAUGACAACCAGAGGUUCACCACCAAGGACCGGGACAAUGACAACUACUUCCAGAACUGCGCCAAGCUGGAGUUCCAAGGAGUGGCAGGAGGGGGCUGGUGGUACGACGCCUGUGCUGGGGCCAACCUGAAUCGCCGCAAUGUCAUCUACUGGCAGAAGGACUGCAACAAGGAACACUUGUGUAAAUACACCUGGAUGAUGGUGAAGCCCUCAGACAUGGUCAAAGUCAUCCGUCCCGCAGACUGCCAAAGAGACGAGCUCUGAUCUCGUUACACUAUUAUAGAUAAGCAUUAAGGUUUUAGGAGGGCUGAUCUUAGGGAAUGUGAUGAUAAAUUGUUUCUUGAUCAUCUGAUAAAGAAUUAGGAAAUGGAAGGGGACUGAGAAAAUGGAAAGAGACUGAGAAGAUUUAGAUGUAAAAUCAAUGAUUAGAAGAUCAAUAACAGGUUCUUUUUUAAAGGACGCACAAAAUUUUGUGAAGCAGAUCUAUAUUUUUGAAAAAAUCAUCCAGACAUACAGAUUUACAGUCACAAAUUACACCAACAUGAAUAAAACAGCAAAGAUCUCACAUGAUUCUGCCUGUACAUGACAUUGUAUGUCAUCAAAGGAAAAUAACUGUUAUUUUUGUCACCUCCAUUGUCAACUAUUAAGUUGUAAUGGUAUGUUUCAUGAAUUUCUCUACUACAACAUCCUUAAAAGUGAUUUGUUUUAUGCAUCUUUAUCAUCAUUGCUGGUAACUAUAUUAUCCAAAUAUCAAGUUAAUCUUAAAUGGAACUCUUAGAACAUAUAAGCCUCAGUAUGGUGUAGCUGUCCAAUGCUAUAAAAAUAUGUUGUAAAAAGCAAAAUACUUAGUUUAUUGUUAAGAAUAAACAAAAUCCCUUUAAUAUUGUUGCACCAUUAAACAGUUUCUCUUGUCUGGUGAGUGAGGAACAAUGAUCUAAUUAAAUGUAUCUAAUUUAACUCAAAAAUACAACUCAGCCUUUCCAAAUUGAGCUAGCUUUGUCUAAGAGAAAAAUGUAUCUGAUUGUCAUAUUCAAAUUCAUGUUUAAGGGGAGCCUGACUUCUUAUUUCUUGUAUUACAUCAAAAAACACGCAGAAUGCCAGAGAGUAUCUGUGAGGAAGCCCUCAAUGAAUAGAAGUAAAUGGACCUAAAUGGCUAAAAAAAAAAUUAAAAAGCAAACAGGUUUUGGGCAGUAGGAUGCUAGCAGUGCUGAUUGAUUGGCAAGCUGAUCAGCUUAUUUGAUCAGUGAAGCCGUUCAUGUUUUUUUCUAUAGCACAUUUCCAUUUGGUUUGUACAUCAUAUUUAAUAGCAUUGGACAUGUACAUAAAGGCAUACAACUCUUAACAGCCAGGAUUCCCUUUAACAACCAGGCACACUGUCAUAGUUUUUCCAUAUCAUAUCUUACUUAUCAGUACAAAUAGCUAAAAGGUUCAGCUUAUGACAUUUAACCAGCCAAAAGGAUG